AUGGAGAUAUUUAGUGAUGGAUCAAAAAACGAAUGUUUAAAAAGAAAAGUCAUGAAUUGUUCAAUUAUUGAUAUAAAAUCGUUAAAUGUCGGCGAAUAUUGCGGACAAGUUGAGGUAAAUGAUAAGAUCAAUUGUAGUACAUUACAAACAAGUCGUUCGCUAAGCAACGAUGAUUCUCAUUCGGUCGAUUCAGUUGUCAUAGAAAACAGCGACCUUGAUUCUGGUUGUCGCGUUGAUGGCGAUUUUAAUGAGCCUCGUAUACAUUCAAAUGAUGAUGGUGUUGCUGCGCAACCCACUGUAAGACGCCCUGCACAAUUUUCACAAAAUAAUACAUCGAACAGUGCGAAAAAAUUGCGAGAAUGUCCAUUGUGUUUUAUUCGUCAAUCGGAGAAGAAUUUCCCCCAAUUGGCUUGUUGUAAUCAUCGUUCCUGUAAAAGUUGUCUUGUACAAUAUCUACAAGUUGAAAUAAUGGAAAGUCGUGUGCAAAUAACAUGUCCGGAAUGUAGUGAAUUCUUACAUCCCACUGAUAUUUACUCACUUAUGGUUCAACAUCCUGAUUUAAUAGAAAAAUAUGAAAACUUUUCUCUUAGACGAGUUUUGAUGACAGAUCCUGAUACACGUUGGUGUCCAGCACCAGACUGCACUUAUGCUGUUAUUGCAACAUCGUGUGCAGCUUGUCCUGAGUUACACUGCGAGAAAUGUGGUACACUUUUUUGCUAUCAUUGUAAAGGUCCAUGGCAUGCUAGUCAAACUUGUGAUGAAGCGCGCCGUGAACGUGGUCGAAAAUUAAGAAAUACGGUUCCACGACGUCACCGUGGUGAUAUAAAGCCUUGUCCUCGUUGUCGAACUUAUAUAGUUAAGUUGGAUGAUGGAUCGUGCAACCAUAUGGCUUGU